ACACUGUCACAUCAAUUGCCAUUCAAAUAAAAUGAUAACAACAUAGACCGAAAAGGUGAAAAGGCUUAUUUACAGUCAACCAAUAAUCCUUAGUAAAAUAUGGACUUGAUCCAGGAUUACGAGCAACAGUACGCUGUUCUGACGGCGGAAAUAACGGCAAACAUUGGCCGUAUUGGUACAUCCUCGGGAGCCGAACGAAACAGCCUGAUAGCGGAUAUCGAUCGGCAGCUAGAAGAAUCCCAAGAACUGCUCGAACAGAUUGGCUUGGAGAUUCGAGAAAUACCACAGGUUUCUCGAUCUGGUUACACUUCCCGGCUGAAUUGUUACCAGGCGGAGUGGAAGCGACUGCAGCAGGAAUUUAACAAUGCGAAAACGAGUCGGCCGAAAGGAAUCGGCUACGAGUCGGUGGAUGAAUUUGACGAGAUCGGUAUUCAGGAGGACCAGAAACGAAGACUGCUAGACAACAGCGAGCGGCUGGAACGAACGGGAAACUAUCUAAAGGACAGCUACCGGGUGGUUCUGGAAACGGAACAAAUCGGAACGCAGGUGCUGCAGGACCUGAGCGAACAGAGAGAAACCAUUCAAAGAGCGAGGGGACGGCUACGUGAAACCGACGCAGAAUUGGGACGUUCGUCCCGGCUAUUGAACUCGAUGAUUUUGCGCGCGCUCAGGGAGAAAAUUGUUCUUAUAUCUGUAGCCGUUGCAAUAUUCUUGGUGCUUUUCCUCAGUAUCUAUUUUUCGAUGUCGUCGGAUUAAGUUACACUUAUUAUAGAUAAAAGCUGUUUUAUGUAACAGGUUUCCUGAUAAUGUUACAUGAGACAAACAUUUUAUAUCCUUCACAAAUUAUUAACUAAAUGUUGUGAUUUAUUAUAUAAAAAGUAAAAGAAUGGUGAGCGUGAUAUAUGUUUAUUUCCGUUGAACAGCGUGUGAAAUAUAGUAAAUGUAUGUAUAAAUGUAACAUUUUAUAACAAUUGUUACACAAUUAAAGCUUAGUAAUGAAUUAGGAAUUCCAACAUAAUUUGAGCAUUCCGAGCAAAUUUGAAAGGGGUUUCGAUUACUGAGAAAGUCAAUCAUCGUUUGAUCCGAUUGCAAAAGCAAUUUGCAUUUAUUUUCACCUGUAAACAAAACCUAAUCCACCAAAAAUAAAUAAAAUCUAACAAUA